CACGUGCGAGCGUCUGGGCCAGGUCUCCGGAAUAGGCGGGCCCUUCCAGCGCGUGCCGGAAGUUGAGAGGCGCUUGGUGGGGUUCUAGGGUUCGGGCCUCAUGGCGGAGAUCAUCCAGGAACGCAUAGAGGACCGGCUCCCGGAGUUGGAGCAGCUGGAGCGCAUCGGACUGUUCAGUCAUGCGGAGAUAAAGGCUAUCAUUAAGAAGGCUUCAGAUCUAGAGUACAAAAUACAGCGAAGAGCUCUUUGUAAGGAAGACUUUAUCAAUUAUGUUCAAUAUGAAAUUAAUUUUCUGGAGCUGAUCCAGAGAAGAAGAGCUCGCAUCGGGUAUUCAUUUAAGAAGGAUGAGAUUGAGAAUUCUAUUGUACACCGGGUACAAGGCAUAUUCCGACGAGCUUCAGCAAAGUGGAAAGAUGAUGUUCAACUUUGGCUAUCCUAUGUAGUCUUCUGUAAGAAAUGGGCUACCAAAGCUCAACUUAGCAAGGUAUUCUCUGCCAUGUUGGCCAUUCAUUCAAACAAGCCAGCUUUGUGGAUUAUGGCGGCCAAAUGGGAAAUGGAAGAUCGCUUGUCUUCAGAAAGUGCAAGACAACUCUUUCUCCGAGCUCUGCGCUUUCAUCCCCAGUCCGCAAAACUUUAUCAAGAAUACUUCAGGAUGGAGCUGAUGCAUGCUGAGAAAUUGGGGAAGGAAAAGGAAGAAUUUGAGAAAGCCAAAAUGGAUGUGGGAAAUCUUGAUUAUCCUGAAGAAAUCCUUACGGGUGAGUUGGCACGGAUCAUCUACAAAAAUUCCAUAAACAUAAUUAAAGGUGCAGAAUUUCAUGUGUCACUGCUUUCAAUUGCACAGCUAUUCGAUUUUGCUAAAAAUCUGCAAAAGGAAAUUUAUGAUGACCUUCAGGCUCUGCACACAGAUGACCCUCUCACUUGGGAUUACGUGGCACGGCGAGAAUUAGAGAUCCAGCCACAGCCAGGAGAAGAGCAGCCUGCGACAAAGCAAGCCCGAGCACUGGAGAUGGGCCGGAGGGAGGAGCGCUGCUGCGCUGUGUACGAAGAAGCAGUCCAGACUCUCCCUACAGAGGCCAUGUGGAAGUGUUACAUCAGCUUUUGCUUGGAAAGAUUUGCUAAGAAGACAAGUAAUCGGUCCCUCAGAGGGCAGAGGCUGGAAAGGACCAUGACUGCCUUCAAGAAGGCACAUGAACUCAGACUUCUACCAGAAUUCCUGUACAAGCAGUGGAUUGAGUUGUUGCGGCAGCAUGACUUCCUUAAGGAAGCUCUGCAGGUGGCAGUGGCCGGGAUUGAAUUGUUUAGAGACUCUGUGAUGAUGUGGCAGAUGAAGCUGCAGGUGCUGAUUGAUUCCAAGAGCCCUGACAUAGCCAGUCUUUUUAAAGAAGCCUUUGCGUCCCUGAAACCCCAGGUUUGUCUGCCAUUGUGGAUUUCUUGGGCAGAGUGGAGUGAAGGUGCCAAAAGCCAAGAAGACACUGAAGACAUCUAUAAGAAAGCUAUCUUAGCUGUCACGGGUGCUGACUCAGUCACUUUGAAGGAAAAGUACCUGGAUUGGGCUUAUCGAAGCGGUGGCAACAAAAAGGCCAGAGCUGUGUUUAAAAGUUUACAGGAAAGCCGUCCAUUUUCAGUUGCUUUUUUCAGGAAAGUAAUCCAAUUUGAAAAAGAGCAAGAAUCCUGCAAAAUGGCGAACUUGAGAGAAUAUUAUGAGAGGGCUUUGAGAGAGUUUGGAUCUGUAGAUUCUGAUCUUUGGAUGGAUUACAUCAAAGAAGAAUUGAACCACCCCCUUGGUAGACCUGAGAACUGCGGACAGAUCUAUUGGCGAGCCAUGAAAAUGUUGCAGGGAGAGUCAGCAGAGGCGUUUGUAGCUAAACAUGCUAUGCAUCAAGCUGGCCAUUUGUGAAAAGAAGAAGACCACAGCCAACCUUGUAAAAUAGUAUUGUGAGCCCUCUGGGCAGGUUUUGUUAGGAAUUCAUCUGCAAUUUGCAGACAGGAUUUUGAGAUAUGUUUUAAUUUUGUGUUAAUCUUUAAUUCCAGGAAAGAGAACUGCUGUUUCGUGGCCAGAGGCAACAUGUUGAGGCUGGAUCUACUGUAGGUUCUAAAUGUUUUCCAAAAUAUGUGGAAAUCACAGACUGAUUAGAGUAUCUCUAAUCUCAACCUUGGGGUGGGUUGAAAUUUGGAGAAAGUUCAGUUCUGUUUGUUUAUUCUCUCCUUUUAUAAAAGUAUACAUGGUAUGCAUCUCUGGCAGAAAAUAUGGUGAGAAUAGAAUAAUGGAAAGAAAAUAAAAGUAUCCUGUCAUAUCAUUUGGAGUUAAACUUAGUAAUUUGA